AUGUCUCUGCGUCCGUCCACUGCUCCUCUGCGUGCCCCUUUGCCUUCUCCUCCUGAGUCCUCUCUUCCUGCUCUUCCCGACCCGGAGUCGGACUCUCUUCGUGCUGCCAGUCCUACUGUCACGCGUCUCCUUGCUACUGUCGUCACUGACCCUUCCUUUGAGUCCACUGCUGCGUCUGCCCUAGUUGCUGAGCUCGUCGACUUUGCUGCUCGCUGUCGUCUAGACUACGCUGCUAGUCUUGUCGUUGAGUCUGAGUCUGUCUGUCCUCCGUCCGUCGGGGGUGAGUGUGCCCUUGGCACGGACGUCCUUGAGGACAGGCAGGAGGAGUUCCAGUGUUUGGCUGCUGCUUCACCUCAUCUCGUGUCCGUACUGCUUACCCCUGAGGGAGACCCGGAUGCACUUGACAUCCCGACUCCGCGCUCUUACGCGGAGGCGAUAGAGGGUCCCUACUCCUCUCAGUGGCAGGCAGCUAUGGACACAGAGAUGGCUUCCUGGAAGUCCACAGACACCUACGUUGACGAGGUUCCCCCGCCUGGGGCGAACAUCGUCAGUGGCAUGUGGAUUUUCAGGGUGAAGCGACCGCCGGGUUCUCCGCCUGUCUUCAAGGCGCGUUACGUGGCUCGUGGCUUCAGUCAGCGGCAGGGAGUUGACUACUUUCAGACCUUCUCUCCCACCCCGAAGAUGACCACUCUUCGGGUACUGCUGCACAUAGCUGCUCACCGUGACUACGAGCUGCACUCUCUUGACUUCAGCACUGCUUUCUUGCAGGGCAGCCUGCACGAGGAGAUCUGGCUGCGUCGCCCACCUGGCUUCACUGGGUCUUUUCCUCCUGGCACCCAGUGGAGCCUCCGGCGGCCAGUCUACGGUCUCUGCCAGGCACCGCGUGAGUGGCACGACACACUGAGGACUACACUUGCGGCCCUUGGGUUUGCUCCCUCUACUGCCGACCCGUCGCUGUUUCUGCGCACCGACACUUCUUUGCCACCGUUCUACAUCCUCGUGUACGUCGACGACUUGGUCUUUGCCACAGCUGACACUGCUGGACUCGCCCACGUGAAGUCCGAGCUGCAGAAGAGACACACGUGCACAGACCUGGGUGAACUGCGCAGCUACCUUGGCUUGCAGAUCACCCGGGACAGAGCACGCCGCACCAUUACCCUGACUCAGUCACACAUGGUGCAGCAGGUCCUUCAGCGCUUCGGCUUCACGUACUCCUCGCCUCAGGCCACUCCUCUGCCUACUCGCCACUUGCUCUCAGCUCUGCCUUCGGAUGAGUCCGUAGAGUCGAGUGGCCCACCGGAGCACAUGGCUGCAGCGAAGAGGGUGUUGCGUUACUUGUGCAGUACGUCGGGCAUGGGGCUUAUGCUUGGAGGGCAGAGUCCAGUGGUCCUCACUGGGCACGCAGACGCUUCUUGGGCUGACGACCAGGCUACGCAGUGGUCGUCACAGGUUUACACCUUCAGCCUUGGUUCCGGCUCUGUUUCGUGGCGGGCUACCCGCUCGUCUUCUGUUCUCGGCUCCAGUUGUGAGGCUGAGAUCUACGCCGGGGCCAUGGCUGCACAGGAGCUUCGCUGGCUCACCUACCUGCUGACUGACCUCGGAGAGCCGCCUCGUUCUCCUCCAGUGCUGUACGUAGACAACAAGGCCAUGCUGGCCUUGUGUCGAGAGCAGAGACUGGAACACAGAACGAAGCACAUUGCUCUCCGCUACUUCCUUGCUCGUGAGCUACAGCAGCGUGGUCAGCUGCGGCUUGCGUACGUGGCCUCUCACGCCAACACUGCUGAUAUCUUCACCAAGGCACUUGCGCCUUGUGAUCAUCAGCGCUUCUGUACUCAGCUGGGUAUUGUGCCUACCUUGCCUCACUUGCUCACCCCUUGA